CAGUUGAAUUAGGCGGUCUGUCUCUGUCAUGUCCAUGUCAACAAUCAUGUUGGUUGUUUCUGCCUUAUAAAAUAUCAAUCAUACAUCUUCUUUGAAUUUCCUUGAAGGCCAUAACAAUCGAUCCUGAUAGUAAUUUUGAGAAUAUGACAUUUUGUGAAUAACGUUUCUGUGUCUGGCUCAAGGAGUACUGUCAUUCAAUGUUUAUCAACUCGCGAGGUAUUAAGUCAUUCAAGUGCCAGUUGGUGCAUCCAGUGCAUCAUAGUUGUCCAAACCAUUAAAUUCAAGCCCCAACAGGUGAUCAACAGAAAGCUUCAGACGGAAAAGAAGUUCAUGAAAUGUUACAAUUAGAAUAUUUCUCGCUUAUUCCCAUUGAUGAAUUGGAGAAUGCUGACGAGAAUACAUGGUUGUAUGUGUUGCACAUCCGUCCUCAGAAAUUGGUUCAUGUUCCGCCACCAAUUAAUAUCACACUCCCUGGUUUAAAUUCAACAAUCAACCUGAAGGACAACUCACAAUGGCUCGAUAAUCUAAGUCCAGGAGAUAUCCUUCUCCAGGAUGUAUUAGUCACAGAAACAAUUUCUGAAAAUGAUCAGACAAAAAUCAUAGAUACUCGGACAUUUACAAGACCCCGAAAAAAUCGAUUUUCGCCAUCCCUUUUACAGCCAAUUUCCCAGCGGGAUGAGAGUUCUCAGUUAAACAAUACUUAUAAGGCGGGAGAUACGUUAAACGGGGCCGAUGUGCUGAAUGCUACGGUCAUCAUCGACGAACCAUCGACGAAAAUCAAGUUGAACACUACAUCUACAGUUCAAGGAGAAUUGAAUGCCACUUUCCCGGUGGAGCUGAAUGGACCAACGGAAGAGGAGUUGAGUCCAUGCAACAACAACGUUUACAACUUGAAUAGUACCUUUCAAACGCAGCCAGCAGCUUCCGACCGCAGUUAUUCAGUGGGUCCCGCGCCUUCCAAGACGGUUUUGAAUGCCACUUACGUGGAAGAUGAACCAGUGCAAGGUCCCAUAACAUGCCUGGACGAGUUGGAUGAGCUGAACGAAAUAGAAGACGAAGACCGGUGUGAUUUCAACGAAGAUGGCUUCCGCAAACCUUUGAUGCGCGGUGCUGUGCCAAAACGACCUUUGAUCCGAACUUCAACGUGGAAUUACGAGCUGACCGCUUCGCCAAAGAAAGAAAUCACUCCCCCUUCAUCUAAGAUCACCCCACCUUCUUCCAAAAUCACUCCUCCCGGAGCCAACGGUCUAACGGAUAUCGAAAAAAUGGCCAAGCAUCAAGAAGACAUUUUGGCACAAACCUCUACGCCAAUGGGUCAACGCCGUUUUACUGCAUUUCAGAGACCAGCUGAGGUGGAUCAUAAUUUAGGGUCACCCAUUAUCAGUCUGGCAGAAGGCAUUGUCAAUUUCGGCCCGCCCAUUCCCCUGAGGGAGUCUAUAGUCGGCAACGCCAAUUUAGACUCGACACUGGACAAUUCCAACAAUCGUACCCGAGGUAUCCAAGGGCAUCUCACAUUUGAUAAAUCUCAAAACUCUGUCGAGAACCAAUCCGAUUCACCCUCCAGUCCAGCCAGCAGUCCGUAUAGUUCGCAAUCUCUCGAGAGUGAAACGGGCGUCCCCGCAACAACUCAAGAGUUGAUCCGGCGGAGCAUGCCCAAUUUGAACAAUCAGUCUCGAAUGCGAUUGCCGCAACCUUCGUCUAUGGCUGGGAAUCUGAACCGACAGCACGGAAGUGAUUCGGGAUUGAGGCCACCUUCUAUGGGUGGUGCUGUCCGGCCUCCUGUCCACAAUGGCUCUGCUUUGGGAUUGAUGAGACCGCAGUUUAAAGUGCCCCAACCGCCACCUCCCGUCGAAACGGCCAUGAAAACCACCAGGGGGACAGUAACGACGACGGAACCGGUUAGGUCCAGCCAAAUGCAGCUGCAGCAGCCAAGAUCAUCCGGAAUUGCCCCUCCGGUGCGGAGCAGUCUCCUUCCCAAUUCAACGUCAAAAUUGAAACCCCUUCAAUUAGUGGCUCCGCGGGCUAGUGGCGCUGCUUUGCCGGUCAAAGCUGUCGUCCCGGCGGCAAAGGCGUCGUCGGAUGAACUCAACUCGACGGUCAUCAUGGAGAAACCAUCAGUGGUGCUCCCCCCAGCCGCCCCGGCUAAUUCUGGCAUUCCUCGCCCUUCCUUGUUGUCGAGAAUUCCUAUGCCGAGAACGAUGAAGUCUUCCAUUCCGAUGCCGGCUGCCAGGCCACGUGCGCCACAUCAGUGACACCCAACACCUCCCACCGAAUUGAUUUUAUUAACUCUCUCUCUCUCUCUUUGAAAAAAAAAUAGCCCCUUUGUUUUUCUUUCAUUUACAAAGAAGACACAUUCACUCAAAUGAAAUGCUAAAAUGAAGUUUAUAUGUCUUGAGACUGAGGUUUCGUAUCAUUCAUCAAGUUGUUGGGUGUGUGUAUGUGAGUGUGUGUGUGUUCGUUCAAACGCGCCGCCGUUGCAAAAAUGAGCAGUGAAGGUAAAAAACGACUGUGCCUUAACACCAUCGUCAAUUGAUAGAACCCUCUCUGUUCUAAGUAUAUUUUUCUUUUUUCAACUUUGGCUUACUUUUUUGUUUUUUAAAAAUAUGCUUCUAUUUAUAAUUUUCAUUAAUUUUUUCUUAUUACGGUCCCCAGUUUAAUUUUUUUUUCCUUUCUGGUGAGAACAAAUUCUUCAUUUCUUCUCUUUUUUUCUUGGCAAAAGAAAAGAAGAAAUGAGAUGUAAUAACCCCGGCAAAAGAGAGCUAGAUUGAUCUCGCGUCAAUGUGUGAAGUGCAUCAAGAACUGGUGACACUUUUGGGUUGAAUGUGAGAUGGGCCUUGAAGGGCUUAUUUCUGAACGGGCGAACACACAACCACAGCAACAACAACAACAAAAAAAGACGAUGUGGAAAGAAGCAUCAGCAGCAAAUGUCUCUCUCUCUCUCUUGCUCCUUGUUCCCAUGUUUACAGCUUCGAAUAUGCUGUGAUACGUUUUUUCAUGGCUCUUAACGUUUCCCUUUCGCGUUUAUUUUCGGGUUCUUUUUUCUUUCUUUUCUUGUGGCUUGUCUGUGCGUGACACCAUCGGGAAAAAAGAAAUAGAGAACCCUUGGCCGCUUUUGUUGCCCAAUUCACUGGCUCACUUCUUCGCAGCCAUUUCUAUCGACGACGCGAUGAGAAGACGGGGGAGAAGAAAAAAAGAGAGGCUCCAUGAAAGAAAAAGAAAGAAAAAUGUCUGUACCCUUUUCUUCUUCUUUCGUGUUGUGUAUAAAAAAGAAACUUAACUUAAAAAAACAAAAAAAAACUUUCGGUAUUUUCUUUUUUUCCCACCAUUUUUUUUAUUUAAAUAUUUUUUACAAAAUAAAUAUCGAAUUCUUCCUUUUGAAGGAGCUGAACGAAGGAUAUAAAAUACACUUGCUUUUUGGUUGGCUGUGGUAA